AUGCCGAUUUCAAUAAUGCCGAAAGCAUCUUCGGCAUACCGGCGUCAAAGGUUUUCAACUUCGGAGUUUGAGCCGUCUAUGAUUUGCAUGGCCUCGGCUCGGGCCGUCGUGAUGGACUCCCGGUCCUGCAUGUCCGGGGCACUGCGGGAGAUGCCGCUGAUGUUGACCGACGCGCUCCUCUCAGUUUCCGUCCUCAUGUCCUCCAUUUUCAAAUUUAAUCCUUUCAAGGCCGCGUCAUUUUUGUGGAAAACUCGGAGUACUCCUGUAGUACCAAUACCCAAAACAAAUGCAUACCCAUUAUUCGAAGGAAAGCCAUCGUUUGUUGCGAGAUGGGCACUCGUGAUUCUCUCAUUCGAUGUCAUGGGAAACAUGACGUUCGCGUGUCUGGAGGGUGGCCAACUAUAUCCCAAUCCAUUCGAGACAAUCAAGCCCAAAAAAGUGAACGAUUCGACCCCAGAGCCCCCCAAAAAGCCACUGUGGACACGCGUGGCUUUCGCUGCUGUGCACGUAGGAAUUGGCGGCUUUAUUGCAGCGUUCCUACUAAGCCAAAGGUCCAGCUGGGUACGCACAAUGUCCAUCGUUCGACCGGUGUCUAGAUCUGGCACGGCAAAGCCAGCGCAGUUGUACGUUGAAGUCUCUGGCCAUCCGCGCGGGUACGGACAUCCACUGCUCAUGAAAGAAUGUGCUUUGGCUCCAACGAAGAUGGACAAGGAUAUCAUGUUGGUUCUCGCUGGGAAAGACGGAAAGUUCGCGUUCCACCCCGUUGGUUCGAAGAUUGGUGGCAAGCAGAUGCCUUCGGACGGCGAUGUGGCCAAGAUUAAUAUGCUAAAGAUGUGGCGGGAAUACGGUGGCAAAAUUGAAUAUAAUCCCAACUGA